AUGAUAUCAAGACACCAAGUAGCGGGCUAUGCCAAUGGCUAUCCCCGUGAGAAAACAUUCGAGAUAUCACCACAUCGCAGUGGCGAUGUGCAAUUGGAGACGGUUCGCUAUUACGACCUCACAGAUGUCCAAGGGACGGCUCGUGGGUGGGAAAGAGAGGAACGCAUCCUCCUCUGCGUGCCCCUCCGUGACGCAGAACCGCACCUGCCAAUGUUCUUCUCACAUCUGAGAAACUUUACGUAUCCGCAUCAUCUUAUUGACCUUGCAUUCCUCGUUUCCGAUUCCAAGGAUAGAACUUUGGAGGUUCUGUCCAAUUCAUUAGAGGAAAUCCAAGCCGACCAGGAUCCACAGCAACCAUAUGGCGAGAUUUCUAUCAUCGAGAAAGAUUUUGGUCAGAAAGUGAACCAGGACGUGGAAAGUAGGCACGGCUUUGCGGCGCAAGCCGGGAGGAGAAAGUUAAUGGCACAGGCACGCAACUGGCUUUUGAGUGCUGCACUGCGGCCAUACCAUUCUUGGGUUUACUGGCGUGACGUUGACGUUGAGACAGCCCCUUUCACAAUUUUGGAGGACUUGAUGCGCCACAACAAAGAUGUCAUUGUGCCCAAUGUGUGGCGGCCAUUGCCGGACUGGCUUGGUGGAGAACAACCCUACGAUCUGAACUCGUGGCAAGAAUCAGAAACGGCGCUGGCCCUGGCGGACACACUCGACGAAGAUGCGGUGAUUGUUGAGGGCUACGCCGAGUAUGCUACUUGGCGUCCCCACCUCGCCUACCUCCGUGAUCCGUAUGGCGAUCCCGACAUGGAGAUGGACAUCGAUGGUGUCGGCGGCGUCAGUAUUCUCGCGAAAGCACGAGUUUUUCGAUCUGGCGUCCAUUUCCCGGCCUUCAGUUUCGAAAAACACGCCGAAACCGAAGGCUUCGGCAAGAUGGCUAAGCGCAUGGGCUACUCCGUCGUCGGACUGCCUCACUACACAAUCUGGCAUCUCUAUGAACCCAGUGUAGAUGAUGUCAAACAUAUGGAGGAAAUGGAACAAGAAAGACUCGCAAAAGCUAAGGAAGAGAGUGCCAAGGCAGAGAAGGCGGAGAAGAUCAAGGAGCAAUUUGGCGAUGCCAACCCCCAGUGGGAAAAGGAUAAAACAGAGAUGCGAAAUAUCGCGUCCGGGGAGGAAAAGGCGGCAGAGCAGAAAAUGGAGAAACAAAAGACAAAUGAAGGGCAAGUCGCAGAGCACGCCAAUUCACCCAAGGUUAUGAAGGGCGAUAGCACAUAG